UUUUUGGCCUAUCACUACAGUUGGUUCACUCUGAUCGCGCAAUGCAUCACGGAUGUGCAUGCCCGUCGGACGCAUUUCUCACAUCCCUAUUGGCUCCCGUGCAGAAGCAGAGCGUCGCUGAGCAACCGCCCUCGUGCAGCAUCAGCACCGAAGUCAAGGCGAGUGCCGCAUUGCAUUGAGCAAAUCGCACGAGUUCUCGCGUGCGCCGUGACGCGCUUAUCCGGGGCUUUUUAGUUUUCUGUCUCUUUUUUUUUUUAAUUUGUAGAUUGGGUGUGUGGGGGGGGGCAUUAAAGAGAAAGUGUGUUCGCUUGUGUAGGGUAAGAGCAACGUGAGACAGGGUUAACGCGACUGGGUAUGUACGUGAUGAGAACGUGAGCGCGCACGGACGAGUCCGCAUAUGGCGGCGAUGACGUAGCGCGCAGCAGAUGCCCACGUCCGGGAUCCGGACAGGGACACGAGAGAGAAAGGGGGUAAAAAAAAAAAUGUAAAAAAAAAAAAAAAAAACCCAAGCGAUAUAUUAGAAGAUACCAAGUUUACGGAUUAUAGAUCUCCGGUAUGUUUUUCUUUUUUAAUUAUUUGAUUUUAUUUUUCUUAAUGAGGCGUCUUGAUAUCGAGAACAGUCUUGUAGGAUCGCCGGAAAGGAUGCAAAUCAUCUCCAGAUGAUCAGAAAGUCCAGUUUCCUGCACAGCGGAUCCGAGAUGGCCGAUUAUCUCCACCUCCAGCUUGGCCUGAUGAAGCAGCGUCCGCUACCGCAAUGGCACACGGGUGCAGAGGGAUGCGGGAAAGACGCGUGAUGAGGAGAAGCGGAGCGGUGAUGGGGCUCAGGGAAACCCGUAUAGAACUCUGAUGACAUAUAGAUAGAUAAUUAUAUAUUUAUAUAUGUAUGGAAGAAUGUUUUUUCGUGAUGUAAGUUCGUUAAUGAAUAUAGAUAUAUGUAUAUAAAUAUAUAAUCAAGUCAAAGUUUAAUACUCAAUUAUAGGCGACCAGAUAUAUUUUCCCAGGACUCAAAAAAAAGGUAACUUCCGGUCAUUUGGAUGUUCGCCGAAUUUCUGGCGAAGUUUUCCGAAGCCUACUUAAGUAAAUAUAUAUAAUAUAUAUAUAUAAAAUAAUAAAAAAUGCCGUCACCGUCCGACACGAGCAGCGCGGCGUCGCUUUCUGGCUCGCGCGCAUUGUCGGGGAGCCGCAGAGGCGCUUCUGGCAGGGCGAGGGCGAGCGCGCGCGUGCUGCUCUACCUGGGACUGUGUCACCUCGCGCUCGGCGCCAUGGUGCUCGCGUUCAGCUUCACGAGCCUUGCGUUCAGCGCCUCUGCCCGCGUGCGCCAGUCCUGUCCUUUCUGGGCUGGCUUCUUCGUUGUGGCUUCUGGAAUAGUAGGAGUGAUAUCUUGGAGAAGACCCUUUACGCUGGUGGUAUCACUGUUCAUGCUGCUGUCGGCCGUGUGUGUGAUUCUCAGCCUGGCUGGAUCCAUGCUGUCCUGUCAAAAUGCACAGAUGGUCAAAUCGUACCUCACCUGCCAGGUGGAGCAUGGUCUAUGUGUAUGUUGUGACCCGAAACAGACAUGCUCUUUGAUGGAGGAUGAGACUUUAGUGCUCUACCUGCAUGCCGACUGCCAUUCAGUACGGCAUCAACUCAAGGACCUGCUGUUUAGUGCCUGUGGGCUUAGUAUACUCUCAACCAUCAUUUGCACUUUGUCAACCGUCACCUGUAGCAUCCAUAUUUUUUCUCUCGACUUGCUUCAUUUGCUGGCUCCUCACCGAACCCGCUCGGUUAACCCAGAAUGCACCACUCCUCAGGAUGCCUUUCUCACUAACAUGAUGGACUUCGAAGAGUUUGUCCCUCCCAUCCCUCCACCUCCUUACUACCCCCCUGAAUAUACCUGCAGCUCUGAGACUGAUGCUCAGAGUAUCACAUAUAAUGGCUCAAUGGAGAGUCCCGUGCCUCUCUACCCUACAGAUUGUCCUCCUCCAUAUGAAGCAGUAAUGGGGCAAAGAGACCCCAGCCAGCCAACUAAUGGUGGUGAACCUUCUGCUGAGAGGGGAACUUCUGUGGCUUUCAGUGGUGAAGUGUCAGGUGACAGCGGCUCUCUGCUAAUGUCUGAGAUUGUAGACAUCCCCGAUGACAGCUCUCCAUCAGAGGAUUCGUGUGUGCUGGAGGUGGCGUUUUCAGUGCGGACACGGGGACGAGGUGUCAGCGAGGGAGGGGAGGGCAUUGACUACCACAUCCCACAACCACCUUCAGCUCGCUGCUGCUUCAGAGGCGAAAGGUCUAAUUCCUGCUCCUCUCCCAGCACCUACAACACCUCCACCUUUAGGUCUCCAGUAAUGCGACGCCAGGCCCUGCUUGCCUAUAGUUGUUCUCAGUUAGAGAUGCUUGGUAGUGCUGCCUUCACACGCUCCUCUGUCCCAGAAAUCCUGGUGUGUCCUUGUUCUUCAUCUCGACGCGACUCUUCCUCUGACGCAACCAAUCCACGAGCUAUGCCCUCCUCAGGUGUAACUCGAGAUCACCUGUGUGGUGUGUCUCCUGGGCUCCAUCCGGUCCCUUGUGUCCAUUGGAGAUGUGGCCGGGACAUUAGGGAGAGUGAAGCCCCACUUCCUUUUAUGAGGUCCCACAGUGACCCAGGACUGAGCUCUUCCAGUGAUACAGGUGGCUUUACAGGCUCUGUAGGCAGCAAAGGAGUUGGUGAGGGUGGAUCUCAUACCUCAUCAGACACAGGCCGAUUGUCAGCUUGUCUACUGCUGCAGAAAUCUCCUCUGGUGUCCACUGGCACGCUGCCCAGGAAGGGAAGCCUGAAGGCUACCACAGAGCAACUACCCUCCAAACAGCCUCUGACCAGCUCUCUGCGCAUUCACAAAGGCUGCACUCAAUCUUUGGGAGACCUCAAGGUGACAAGAGUGCUGGUGCAGCGCUUGCUACAGAGGUCCAAGCGAAAUCUAGCCCUUGCCUCAGAGCAUACUGGGAACUGUGGUCAGAGACCCAAAAGGAGAGUGGCAGGAGAGGGAAACCUCCCAUUCGAUCAGGUCUUGCGCACCUCUUGGGGUGCCAGCAGAGGGCAGCAAUACCAGCAGCGUUCGCUUCACCAUCGCCGUGGGCACCACCAUUCUCACAGCGAGGGCCAUCCUGUCAUCCUUCAUGCUGAUCCCGACCCUGCGAGAACAGAGGGGAUCCACCUGCGCAGCUGCGGCGACCUGAGCUCUAUGUCAGCCGUGUCAUUGCACAGGCUCCAGCCACACGUCCAUACAUCAUCUGGAGCGCUGCAAUUCGACUCGACUCUUUGAGCGAAAGCAGGGCUUGUGUAAAGCAGUGGAGAUGAGAGGCUGUUUGCCAGGAGAGAGGGAAACCAACAUCUUGAUUAUUUGACAGUCAGUGGGACAGACGUGAGAUGUCAUCGUGAAUAAGAUGUAACAUCAUUCUUGACUUUUGUUUAUUUGGAUAAGUUGGAAAGCUGCAGAAAUCUGUGAUAUCCUCUCACAGAUCCUGAGAAAACCCUCUGAGAGAGAUGCUGACUGAUCCCUUUAUAAAAUAUGGACCCAUGGCUGCCAGUGCCUCGACAUCACGGUGGUGUUCUGAACUCAAAGGACAGUGUGAGGAAGUGAUUUAUCUCUCACAGUGCUUCCAGUCACUACACACAAAACAGCUUCCAUUAGUAAAAAAACUAAAAACUAAUUCCACACUGUUUAUAUGCAUAUCUAUGCUUGGUUCGGGUAAAAGCACUGAGCUCUUUGUGUGGGUUUUAUAGUCUGUUCUGGACCUCUGCAGAUCGAGCUAAAAGAUUGUGAAAUCUCAAAGGGCCAUCACACUGUAUGAAGCAAUGCCUGUAUGAAACAUUUGUUUUGGUUUGGUAUUUAGUUUCGACUCUUCAUCUAGAUAACGUCACAAUGUAGAGCGCUGACAUUUAUUCCUGUCAGUGAGUCCCUAAAAAACACUAAACAAUGCAGCAUAAAGCAAAAUGAUCUCCAAUUAACACACACACAUACUCCCAGUACACCCUCAUCACUCUCAAUCUAUAUAUCAUUCCAUUUAUGAGCUACGAUUAAAUUGCACUUUAUUUGCGUCGCUGCAUGCUUAAAAAAAAAAAAAAAAAAAAAAAAAUUAAGAAGUAACAUGAUGUAAUGGAUUAAUUGAUUAUUUGCAUAUUUUUCUUUGUUGGAAUUGGAUUCUUGAAACUGUGCAACAUUUGCUUGUUUAUUUUAUUUAUUUAUUUAUUUUAUUUGCAUGUGAGAGUUUUUCUUGUUUUUUUUUGACACAAAAAACGUGUGAACUAUGUGUCAGCAUGAUUAAGGAAUGCUGCUGAUAAGCAGAAUCUCUGGCAAUAAAAGGAUAAACAUCUAAUGCACAGUGCAUAGCUACAGAAUAAACUAAAAUAAGGAUUAGGGGCACUUAUUAUAUUUAUCAAAUGUGUUUUCUUGAUGUUGAAAUUCGGUUUAUGAUGAGUUUAAAGUGUUAAUUAUGCUUUGAAUGAGUCCUCUAAACAAGUUUUUCUUAGUGAAUUACAUGAGGGCCCACUAAAAAUUUAAAGGAAAAAUGGCCAUAUAUGGACGUAUAAGUUUGCCAUUGUGCUGAUUAGCCACUUUUACAUAGUUAAUAAUGAUUAAAAUGAAGGUAUAACAGUUAGAUAGUUAGAUUUUUUGUUUGUUAAAUAUUAGGUAAUAAAGUUUUCCUCAUAGCAUAGACAUUUUUAAUUAUUUGUUCAUGAAGAGCAUGAAGGUGCUAUUUCUAAAAUCGAUGUUGACCUUAGACCUCCAAGGAGUCUUAACAAAUAUGGACCAGCCCAUUAAAGUAAUAUAUGUCCCAGAGGAUAUGGUUGUUCUGAAUGGACUUGGUAAGAGAAGUCAAUAAAAACGUAAUAAUAGCAGCCUUGGAAUGCAACCCAUUUUUCUCAGCCGAGCCUGAUCAUUAGUGUCAAUUAAGUUUAUUUAAGAAUAAAAAUGCCUCAUGCCAGUGUAGGAUCUUCUAUUAAGGGAGAAAACUGGAGAACCAGAUCAAGUGCCGUGAACAACCUGUUUAUUAAUGUACAGAACUUGAACUCUCUAAAGCACUGAAAACAACUUGAAAAAGGAGCUUAAAAUCCUACCUCCUGCUUUGCACUCUUGAGGUAAUAUUAUGAGGGAGUUAAAAAUGUAUGGUCUUAUAAUACAGCCUGCACACACUGUCUGUACGGGGACAUUAAACUGGGAACUUUAUGGCAACUUUAAUAAUCAAAAGGUGAGCAAACGUAAUGAACUUUUAAUGCAAGUUUUAAAUGUAUUAAAGCAUAUUAAAUAAAAUGCAUA